UACACUAUAAUGUAUAUUUCCCACAAGAUUUAAUCACUCAGGGAUACUUUCCUGUUGUGCACUUUUGUAUUGAGCAGUCGCGAAGACCAGAAGAAUCAGAUUUAGGAGAGAGUUAAAGCUGUGAUAUUUAUUUACACGGUGUCAGUGAAACGACAAACAAAUCAAAGACAAAUUAUAUUUUACUAGCAGCCUUUGAAAUAUUCCAGAUUUCAUCAUUUUCAUUUGCAGUCAGAAACAAUGGUGUCUCUGUCUAAAAGUGCCUUUGUUCGACCAUUACUCCAAAACACCAAGGUUUUGUGUUCACUGGCAAAAUUACAGAUUAUUCACAGGCAGAAAGCUUCUACAGCAGUUUCUGUGGCAGAACAAACCAUCUUUAAUGAAGACCAUCAAAAUGUCAAACCUUUCAGUGAAAUGCCUUGCGUGAAAUCUUAUCCCAUUAUUGGAAGUACGUGGGUGUAUUUGCCCUUAAUAGGAAAAUAUGACAUUACGCGAUUUCACGUAUCCAACUUCAUGAAGUUCCAGGAAUAUGGGAAAAUCGUUAGAGAAAAUGUGGGAGGACGCUUUACAACAGUGCUGCUGUUCGACCCAAAAGACAUUGAAAUAAUGUUCCGCCAUGAGGGUAAAUAUCCCGUGCGAGUAGAGAUAGAAAGUCUUGCUGCUUAUCGGAAAAUGAGAGAAAAAUACUUUCGUAGUGGUGGACUUCUUGCAAUCCAAGGCAAAGAAUGGUAUGAUCUCAGAACCAAAGUCCAAACGCAACUGCUUCGUCCAAAAUCUAUACAGUCUUAUCUUAACCAAAUGGAUCAAGUAGCUAAUGACAUGAUAACAAGAAUGAUUCAUUUGAUGGAUAACACAGGAGAAGUUCCAGAUUUUCUAAAUGAACUUUACAAGUGGGCAUUGGAAUCUGUGGCUCUUGUUGCUCUUGACGCCAGACUAGGCUGUGUAGAUUUAGAACAAGCUCCGAACUCUCAAAGCCAGAGGUUGAUUGUAGCAGUAAAUGACAUUUUUCAGGGAAUGAAUGAUCUUGAAUUUAUGCCUUUAUCUUUGUGGAAAUUCUUUCCAACUCGUAGCUGGAAGCGGUUUGUAAAUGCCCAGGAUGUAUUUACCGAGACUGCUAUGGAUUACUUGAACAAAGCUUUGGAACGAAUCAAAGUAUCAGCUCAAGAAGACAGAGAAAUGACAUUCCUAGAAACCAUGUUAUCCAAGAAGCAGAUGGAUUCUCGUGACGUUAUUACAAUGAUUUUGGACAUGUUGAUGGCUGGAAUUGACACGACGUCUCACUCUAUGGCCUUCGUUCUUUACCACCUGGCUAAAAACCCAAACGUUCAAGAACAAGUUUACCAGGAAGUUCGAUCAGUUUUACCUCAUAGUAGCAAGUGUUUGUCAGUUUCAGAACUAAAUCAACUUCGUUAUGUAAAGGCAUGUGUUAAAGAAAGCAUGAGGUUGAAUCCCAUUUUACAAGGUACGGUAAGAGAACUGGAUCAUGAAGUAGUUCUGUCAGGAUAUCGUGUUCCUCCAGGGGUUCUGCUUGUGUCACAAAAUAUGGUGGCAAGCCGAUUGGAGGAAAACUUCCCAGAACCUCUAAAAUUUAAACCGGAACGAUGGCUAAAAGACGAAGCCGAAAAUAAGUCCCACCCUUUUCUAUUUAUUCCAUUUGGAUUUGGCCCCAGGAUGUGUGUUGGGAGAAGAAUAGCCGAGCAAGAAAUUUGGUUGCUUGCAGCAAAGAUUUUACGCAGGUUCAGAGUGGAGUAUCAUCACGAAGAUAUUGACUGUUACACUCGUUUAGUAAAUGCUCCUGAUAAGCCGCUGAGAUACCAGUUUGUGGAAAGGAAAUAUUGAGCUUUUGUGUUAAUAGAGCUUUUAUAACAGUUUCGUUACGACCAUAUCACGAGGCGAAGCAUCUUUCUCACAGUUGGACAUUUUGUGUGUGUCAAAUUAGAAACUUACAGCUGCAUAUAGUUUAUUAUUUCUUUCUAGAACCUUAUUUUCGUAUAAGAUAUAUUCUGAACGCAAUCUUUCCGAAUUCUAGAACGACACUUUUCCCUAUCAUUCUUUAUAUUAGUUUUAAUGUACGAAAAGCAUACUAAAAAUUAAUAAUCAAAUGAAUUUAACUAUCUUCACAGUUUGACUAAAGAGCGUUAAGUUCGUUUAAAAGUACAACAUGAAUAGUUUUACGAUUAUUAAAGUUUUGUACAUGUAUUGAAAUCAGUAAAAGUGUUUGAUUUUUGGUAACACGUUACCGACUUCAAAAUAACUUUCUAACUCAUCGUUUAUAUCAUAUGGUUUGCCACAAAAAAAUAUGGUUAGCCGAAAUUUAAACAUUUACUUAACAAUUCGUGCAUUCGAAAACGCAUUUUAGUGGUUGCCACUAAAAGCGUUGUUGAAACAUAUGGAAGGAUAAUUUCAAUUGCGUAGAUUUUGUUUAUAUUACUGAAUUAAUCCAAUAAAAAUCAGAUGAAUAUACUUAAACAUAAGAUUUUACUCUAUUAAUGUAUGUGCUUAUUAUUAGUAACAUAUAGGUACGACUGAUUGAAACAUUUCAGAUUGUUAAGUCAAUAUAUAGGAAGCAAUGAUUAUAUUGAAUUGUUUACAGAACUGACAUGUAAAGAAUAUAUAACCAAUUGAUCAUGUUUGGAGCAUGUAUGUACUUUCGGUAUUGAUACUGUUAGUUUCUAAGUUAUUUUCUUAUAUAAUUGUGAAUUCUGGUUUAAAAGAAAAAAUAAGUGAUUGAAAUGUUAAUAUAACUGCGAAUUCUACGUGUAUAUCUUGUAAAUAAUUGUUUAAAUUUUCUUUGAUAUAUCAUAACAUCGAAUAUUAGUAUAAACUUGGCAUGUCUGUUCAAGUUUUUUCCAAUAUUACUGUGUAAACUCCAAUAAAAAACUCAAAAUUUUAUUAAA